UGGAGCACGGAGCGUACGCGCUGCAAAGCUGUAAAAGAGGGCGUCGGAAGACGUUCUGGACCGCCAGCGAACCACAGAGCAAAGCUGCAAUGUCUCUGCUGUGCAAGAAAGCAUUACACCGCUGCCAGCUAACUUGGCUCCUGCUGGCCGCUGCAGCAGCCGCAAUGCUGCUCAUACGACUCGUAAGGCGUCGCCGCCGACGACCAAAACCACGCCAAGGCAAGCUGCGCGUCGCCUUCGCCCACCCGGACCUCGGCAUCGGCGGCGCGGAGCGGCUCGUCGUCGACGCGGCGCUCGGCCUGCGGGGCCGGGGCCACGACGUGACGAUCUACACGGCGCGGCACGACCCGCGGCGCUGCUUCGACGAGACCCGCGACGGCACGCUGCGCGUCGUCGUCGCCGGCGACUGGCUGCCGAAGCGGAUUCUCGGAAGGUGCUACGCGCUCUGCGCCUCGGUGCGGAUGGUCGCGGUCGCGCUGCGCGCCGCGCGCGACGGCCCGGACGUCGUCGUCGUGGACCAGGUCGCGACGGCCGUGCCCGUCGCCCGGGCGGCGUGCGCCGCGCCGGUCGUCUUCUACUGCCACUACCCGGACAAACUGCUCUGCGUGAACCGACAAAACCCGCUCACGCGCCUCUACCGCGCGCCGCUGGACUGGGGCGAGGAGACGUGCACGGGCCUCGCGGACGUCGUGCUCGUCUGUGUGGAAAUCAACCAGUGCGUCGGGUGCACCCGAAAAUUCUUCAUUAAGUCAUUUCUCGGCGAUGACGCGGCCGUGCCGGCUCCGUCGAGCGGUGACGAACCGGCACCGCCACGCCAUCGAGCAGGCGUCGCGUCGAUGGCGUGGAGGACGACGCGACGGUUCAGCACGAACGCGCCGUAAAAUUUUGAUUUCCACACAGGUGCUCGUGAACUCGCGGUUCACGGCGGGCGUCUUCCGCCGGGCGUUCCCCCGGCUCGCCGUGGCGCCCGAGGUGCUCUACCCGCCCCUGAGCCUUGACGCCGAGGUGGCGGAGGCGCCGCGGGACGCGGCGCUGCUCCUCUCGAUCAACCGCUUCGAGCGGAAGAAGAACCUGGGCCUGGCCGUCGAGGCGCUCGCGCUGCUGCCGCCGCGCGUCCGCCUCGUGCUCGCGGGGGGCUACGACCCCGACCUGCCGGAGAACGUCGAGCACGCGCGCGAGCUCGAGGAGCUGGCCGCGCGGCUCGGCGUCGCGGACCGCGUCACGCAGCGCCGGUCCGUCUCCGGCGACGAGAAGGCGCGGCUCCUCGCGCGCUGCGCGUGCCUGCUGUAUACGCGCGGACGCGGCGUCCCCUGCAAACGCCAUCGACGCGGGGCCUCACGCUGCAACACAGGCCGGAGAACGAGCACUUCGGCAUCGUGCCGCUCGAGGCGAUGCACGCGCGCACGCCCGUCGUCGCCGUGGACUCGGGCGGGCCGCGCGAGUCCGUCGUCGACGGCGUGACCGGGCGGCUCCUGGCGCCCGAUCCCCAAACCUGGGCCCGGGCCGUCGCCGACCUCCUCGGCGACGCGGCGGGGCGGCGGGCCAUGGGGGAGCGCGGCCGCGAGCGGGUCCGGGACUUGUUUUCGCUCGACGCCUUCGCGGACCGGCUCGAGCGCAUUUGUGUCGGCGUUCUUACUAGAAGGUAAAAGUGUGUCUUUA